AUGCAAAAGGUCAAGUCGAAAUUGCCCUCGUGGGACACCACCAAGACCCAGAGCAAGAAGGGCUUCGACAAGGCAUGGGGACUGCUGGAUAAGCUCGGGGCGCCGGUCAACCGGUGGACAAACAAGAUUGGCAGCGAGGCAUUUUGGCCGACGACGCUGGACAAGGAGAGUUACAAGGCGGCCAGGAUCCUGAGAUCAUUCUGCAAGGACGGCUUCUACACAGACGACGAACCACCUACCGACCAAGCCGGGCCGAAAAAGGCGCCCAAGGUCAUCAAAAAGAUUCCCCAAAAAGUCAUAGAAAAUGCCGUCGGGCUCGCCAUAUUCACCACGAUGCGCACCGGGCUCUGGAUCUCUGGGGCUGGUGGUUCUGGCGUGCUGGUCGCCCGUCAAGAAGACGGCACGUGGUCGCCGCCGUCGGGCAUCAUGCUGCACACGGCCGGGCUGGGAUUCCUCGUCGGCGUCGACAUCUACGACUGCGUGCUGGUCAUCAACAACCGCAAGGCCCUCGAGGCGUUUACCAAGAUCCGCGCCACGCUCGGGGGCGAGAUCUCGGCCGUCGCCGGGCCCGUGGGAGUCGGCGGCGUCGUCGAAAACGACGGCAAGUGGAAGCAGGCCAACAGGCCCGUCUUCACCUACCUCAAGUCGCGGGGCUUCUACGCGGGCGUCCAGGUCGACGGCACCGUCGUCAUUGAGCGCAGCGACGAGAACGCCCGGUUCUACGGGGAGAAGAUUGGCGCGGCGGACAUCCUGGCGGGCAAGGCGAGGCACCCGCCGCCCGAGAUCAAGAUGCUCAUGGAGACGCUGAGGGCGGCCGAGGGCAAGGCGGACGUGGACGCCGCCAUGAUGGACGAGCUGGACGAGCAGCUGGCGCCGGGGGAUCUCAGCAUCCAGGAGCCGGACCCGGACGGGGUCGUGUUUGGCGUCCCGGAGCCCGACGACCCUGACCCGUACGGCGUGCAUGCCCUGGAGAGGGAGGGCCUGGAGAUACUCGAGGCCGGCACCAGGCAGAGGCCAUCGAGCAUGCAGUUCGAGUACCACCCCAGCCCUUCCAGCCCUACAUAUGGCAGGUUCUACCGGAGGAGCAUGGACACGGCAGUUGGGGGCGCCACACCCGUGAGUGCUGCGUCGGGGUCUAACUCGCCUUGGGGGCGGGCCGUCGGUGCGUAUGCUUCGUCCGACGCCGGGACGCAAACAGAUGAUGCGGUCAUUGUUGCCAGCGUCCGUUCUGAGGACGGCUUUGAGCGGCAAGACGUGCAGCACAAGGAUGGCCACGCCGAGCCCGAGCACUUCUACGACGUCACUGACGGCGAGAACGAUGUGUUUGUGAACGGGGGGAAUCCGUGGAAGACAAACGAGGCGGAUAGGGAUUCUGGCGUUGCGAUAGACGAGAGCGAAAGACUGGAGCUGGCGAGAGAGGCUGACAAGCCUGCGUCAAGGAAGGCAGAAGAAGAAGAGGAUCAAGAACAAGCGCUGCAGAACGUACGCCGCGAGCCGCCGCCAUUGCCGCCGCGAAAGUUGACGUAG